UUGAGGUCACUUUGACCACUUCAAGUUUCUCUCUCGCUCUCACUCUCCGUUGAAAUCCUUGAAUUUCCGCUGAAAUCUUCCUCCAUUUUAUAAGAAGCAAUUUUGCUAACUAAUUCCUCUUCACUCGUACUAUCAUCACACCCACGUUUUACUCCGUCAAGUGUUUCUUUCUAUAAAACAUCUGUUUCAAAAUGAUGGAAACUAUUUUGGAAGUUCCUGAAAUCGGGUUCGAGAUCACACAGAAAAUUGUGCAACAACAGCUCGUCCUUAUUUUGCAUGCUCACGCAUGUCAGAAGCAGGAGAAUUCGUAUUCUCACGACUACGAAGUGCACGGCCAAGAGCAGCCAAAGGAAAAGUGCAAGCUCCCAUUUUGCGAGGAAACGAAGAAAUGCCUGGACCACAUUCGGUGUUGUUUCGAACCUGACACCUGCACCCUGACCCAUUGUCACCACAACAGGGAGAUCAUCCGCCACUGGAAGAUUUGCAUGAAGAAGUCCUCCUGCCAAAUCUGCAGACCAGUCUACCAAGCCCAAAUCCACUCCAUCAAACAACGACGACGAUCAUGAUUCACCAUUUCGAUUUGCUCACUACUUACUUAUCCAUUUGUAGAUGGGAGUUUGCACUAUUUCGACAUUCUCACUCUCAACUGUCGAGAAGUUUAUUGUUUAUAAUGUAUUUCAUAAGGACCAGUUUUGUAUUUGAUUAUAUGAAUUAUAUGAUUUUAAGUAAUUUUAUGCUUUUGUAACACAAAUCGUAUUUUUAAUAAGUUUUACCCAAUACAUACAUAUGUAUUACUAAACCUCCAGCAGACAGCAUGGUUCGUAUGCCGGUAUUACAUUACCAUACUCGAUUAUUUGUAUAAAAUUGUAACUGCAUA